CUUCACCAUCAGCACCAGACCCGACACCAUACAGUGAUUGCUCUACGAGCAAGUCUACAAUCUCAGAUUCUAUAGUUCUUCAACCGAUAUAAUGACGAAGAACGAUUACGAGACCUUCAAGCUGGGAGAUUGGGACCUUCAGAGCGGGGAGAAGCUGGUCGACGCCUAUAUUGCAUUUAAGACAUUUGGAGAUCCCAAGUCGCCCGCCAUUGUUUACCCCUCCUGGUUCUCAGGCCAGAUCUCCGACAACUUCUGGUUAAUCGGAGAAGACAAGACCCUGAACCCCAAUGAAUACUACAUAAUUAUCCCCGCGCUCUUUGGGAACGGCCAGUCAACAUCGCCAUCCAAUUAUCCUAUUCAAGGGCCCUUCCCCAAAUGCUCCAUCUACGACAAUGUUCGCGCUCAGCAUAUGCUAGUGACCCAGCAUCUAGGCAUCACCCAUCUACGCGCAGUGCUUGGGUGGUCAAUGGGAGCCGCGCAAAGCUUCCAGUGGGCGACACAGUAUCCCGAGUUUAUGGAUCUAGUGGUGCCAUUUUGCGGUUCAGCCCGGACGUCGCUCCAUAACCAGGUAUUCCUUGAGGGCGUAAAAAGUGCAUUACUCGCAGCGAAGCACAUUUCUUCAGCAGGAUCUGGAAAUGCCGGUGUCCUUGAAGCCGGCCAGUCUGAUAAAACAUGGAGCGAGAGAGAGAAACAGAUCGGACUGAAGGCUUUUGGUAGGGGCUAUGCUGGCUGGGGAUUCUCACAAGCAUUCUACCGGGAAAAGCUAUAUGAGACCGUCCUCGGAUACAAAGAUCUAGAAGAUUUCAUGGUGAGCUUCUGGGAGAGCUGGGCGCUCUCAAAAGACCCAGCCAACCUCCUGACAAUGCUGCAAACAUGGCAGAAUGGAAAUGUGGCAGAUCAAGAGCCGUACAACGGAGAUUUCGAGGAGGCCAUGGCUUCUAUCCAAGCAAGAGUCUUGGUGUUGCCUGGAAAGACCGAUCUAUACUUCCCGCCCGAGGAUUCGGAGUAUGAGGUUGCCUGUAUGGCACCGGGAGUUGGUACUCUCGACAUCUUUCCCUCGGUUUGGGGUCAUUGGGCUGGUGGUCCCGGAUUGAGUAAGAAUGAUCUCAGCUGGUUGGACAUGAAAUUGAACGAUUUUUUCAAAGGGGAAACCUCUUUUAUCGGAGAGAGGUUGGGGGAGAAACUCAAGUCUAUGACCUUGGGAGGGCAGUAG